GAUGUCAUCUGAAGCAGUAGCACAAGCCACAGCCGCCACGACGUCUCCUGAACACGGGGUCCCCACAUCAUCGGCCACGCCUACUCCUCCGCCGAGCAAAGGGGGUGGAGCCGGUGGUGGUGGGGGAGGAGAGCAACAACAAGUCCCAUUUCAAAUGAUCCCUCCUGGUCAUUUUUUCGCAAAUCCCUUCUUGAAUCCGUAUAUUCCAACAGCGGGUGCUCCUGCUCAGGAGGGUGAAGCUCAACCUCAGAUGGUAUUCUCUCCAGCUCAAUAUCAGGAAGUCAUGCAUCAUUAUUUUCAACAAAUGAUGGCCGCGAGUGGAGCACAGUUUCCGAUUCCGUUUCCCAUGCAAUUUCAGCCGGCUCUUCAACAGCCAAGACCUUCUUCUCAGGCAUCAUCAUCUCAUCGCUCAGAAGACGAUAACGGAAGGCAGACAGCUGGCAGUGUUGUGUCCUCUAAUGUGUCACCAAAUCAUCGAGAGGUGAGACCAGCAGAAGAUUCUACGGAAACAAGCGGCGUUGUUCAAAAUAAUGAUGAGCUUCUUGUACCAACUUCCACGUCAUCCGAUGUGACAAUUGGUGACGUCAUCGAAAAAUCAGAUUCUCCUGAAAAUUCGCAAGAAUCAGCGGGAGGAGAGGAGAAAAGUGAAGAAAAGCGGAAAUUAUCCGGUGAUCGAACGGAUUCACUCAUUCGAAAACAAAUGAGUGAAAUGGAAAAAGAGAUAACACGACGAUCACAGAAUAAAAAUAUUAAAACGAUUGACGACGACGGACUCGCCGAGCUUAUCGGAGGAUCAAGUACACGAACAGUUGCUGACGAUUUUUCGCCGUUCGUCGACAAGAGUGGUCUAUCCUACACAGCUCCAGCUCCACCUUCCACGGAGAAAAGUGCUCCGAAAGAAUCUCUCAAUCAGCUCCGUUCAUCAUUUAAUCUUCCCGACGAUUCGACAACUGUUGGACCAGUUGGACCAUCUACAGUACCUCAACAGUCUCAACAGUUCGCGAAUAAUUCAAUGUUUAUGGCGAAUGCAGGGAAUUUUGUGCAGAAUGCAUUCCCGAUUGGAGUCACGAUGACUCCACAAGCUACAUUUGGCGCCGCCCCUGGUUUCCAGAUGAUGCAACCACAUCAACAUAAUCUCUUCAUGCAACAACCUAAUCCAACAUUUGUGAACAAUGGAACAAAUCCAUUUCUUCAAACUCAGGCAACACUUCCUAAUUUCGUACAAAACGGGACCGCACCUUUGGUUCCAACAGUCUCUGCGCAACAAUUUACUCCUGAGCAACUAGCCGCUGCGUUUGCUCAACAACAAAUUGCACAAUCCGCUGCUCCAACUCCAUUCGAUUCUCCUCCACCUUCGAUGCCAUCAACAUCUUCUGGACCAUCCGGAGCACUGGCUCCACCUCCACCACCAUCUCAUCCGAUUCCACGGAGGGUGAGUGGAAAUGGAUGGCCUGAAGAGAACAAGGAAAAUGGAACAUCAACGAGCACAACAAAUGGAGCACAAAGUGUUCCCGCUGCAGCUGGUACAGAUGAUCCAGUAUGGGUGCUAAGGGAUUCAUAUCUAAAGAAAAUGCAACGGGAGCAGAGAACUUCGGAAGAAGAGGAAAUGAGUUGGCAAGAAGCGGCAACAGCUGCUCAGGAAGCCGCCGAAAAUGGUGGUGGAGAUGAUCAAGAAGAACAAGAAACUGAUCGACUUCUGAAUGGAGGGACGACGGGUGCAUCAACAAAAGGUGCAGAGAGACGUGGAUCUGUUGAUAAGAAAAAAAACAGCAAAGAAACAAUGGUACAUGAACCUGCAGUUCUAAUCGAGGGAGUUCUGUUCCGUGCGAGAUAUCUGGGCUCAACACAAAUGCUCUGCGAGAGUCGAGGAAGCAAAGCAGCACGAAUGGCUCAAGCACAGGAAGCUGUGGCAAGAGUUAAAGCUCCCGAGGGAGAUGUUCAGCCAUCCACAGAAAUUGAUCUGUUUAUUUCAACUGAGAAGAUUAUGGUUUUGAACACUGAUUUACAGAGAAUAUCCGAUACAGAUGUUCGACAAGAUAUUCUAAUGGAUCAUGCACUACGAACAAUCAGUUAUAUUGCGGACAUUGGAGAUUUAGUUGUUCUAAUGGCUAGAAGAAUGUCCACAAGUCAUUCGGAUGAAUCUUGUUCUGAUGGUGAUAGUAGCGGAGGGGGAGUACGUAAGACUCCAAAAGUCAUUUGUCACGUAUUUGAAUCUGAUGAGGCUUCCUUCAUUGCUCAAUCAAUUGGACAAGCUUUCCAAGUGGCAUACGUGGAAUUUCUGAGAGCUAACGGGAUUGACGAUCCAUCAUAUUUAAGGCAAAUCGAUUAUCAGGAAGUUCUAAACUCGCAAGAGCUUCUUGGUGAUGAGCUUGAAAUGUUUGCAAAGAAAGAAACUCAAAAAGAAGUUGUUGUACCAAAGAAAGCUGGUGAACCACUUGGAAUUGUUGUAGUAGAGUCUGGAUGGGGUUCAAUGCUUCCAACAGUUGUACUUGCUCACAUGAAUCCGGUUGGUCCGGCGGCACAUUCAAAUAAAUUGAAUAUUGGCGAUCAAAUAAUCAAUAUCAAUGGAAUAUCACUUGUCGGGUUACCACUUUCAGCUGCACAAACUCAGAUUAAAAAUAUGAAGACAGCGACUGCAGUACGAAUGACUGUUGUAUCAACACCUCCAGUAGUUGAAGUUCGGAUAAGAAGGCCCGAUACGAAGUACCAAUUGGGAUUCUCUGUACAAAAUGGAGUUAUUUGUUCACUUCUUAGAGGUGGUAUCGCUGAAAGAGGCGGGAUCCGAGUCGGUCACAGAAUCAUCGAAAUAAACGGGACUUCAGUUGUCGCAGUUGCACAUGACAGAAUCGUAAAUAUGCUUGCCACGGCCGUCGGAGAGAUUCACAUGAAAACAAUGCCGACGUCAAUGUUUAGACUUUUAACGGGUCAAGAACAACCACAAUACAUUUGAUUGUUUAUUUCCAUUAAUUAAAAUGUUUUAAAUUAAAUUUUCUAUCUAGUUUUUUUUGUUGAAAAUCCACAAGGUUUCCUUCCAACAAUCCUCUUCAAAUCCAUUUCAUUUCAUUGAUUUUUCUGUGAUAAUCACGUUUUUCUUCUUCCUUCGACUUUUCCCCCAGAAAGUGCGCCCUAAUGUGAAUUUUAAAAGUUAUCAUUAAAGCGCACAAACUUUCAUACGAAAUUUGAAAUGUUUAGGUGAUUCUUUGCGAGUCAAAAAACUUUUUGCCAUUCUUUCUUCAUGUUUUUCCUCAAUUUUUGUGUUUUUUUCUUUUCGAAUCAUUUUUUUCGGUCACAAUCUGGAUUUUUUAAAAACUUUUUUCCAAAUAAUAUAGAUUUCAUUCU